AUGGCAGCACCACGGCGUAUAGGCGCCAGACUGGUCGCCUCCCUCAACCAACAACCAUCCAGAUGUGCGAAUCCAAAACAACGCUUCCACGUCCCUACCAUCCGCCCCCUCUCCACCCUCCCCAAACGCUCCCAACAAGCCCAACCCACCACCUCGACCUCCAACCCACCCCAACCCGCGCACACCCCCAAACCCAGCCCCACCGAAGCCACCGCAAACGCCGCCGCCGUCCACAACAACCUCACCCCCACCUCCGACUCCGACCCUCUUCGCUCUCUCGACAACCCAUCCCCGAUCCUCGAACCCGAUUCCACGCAAACAGACUGGACGCGCUCAUUCUCCGGCCUGUCUUCUACUCCCUUCACACCAGAACAAGCGAGUAUACUCAUGGAGAGCAUACCGUUCGACGACAUUGAGAUCAAACCAGACGGGAUAAUUUAUCUGCCUGAGAUCAAAUACCGUCGCAUCCUCAACCGGGCUUUCGGGCCUGGAGGCUGGGGCUUAGCGCCGAGGGGCGAGACGAUCGUGACGGGCAAACAGGUGACGCGGGAGUACGGGCUGGUGUGUAUGGGCCGUCUAGUAAGCGUAGCGAGGGGGGAGCAAGUAUACUUCGACCCUGAGGGGGUGCCGAUGGCGACGGAAGGGUGCAAGAGCAAUGCGCUGAUGCGGUGUUGUAAGGAUUUAGGGGUGGCGAGUGAACUGUGGGAUCCGCGGUUUAUUAAGCGGUUCAUGGCAGAGAUGGGGCGGGAGAUUGUGGUGGAGCAUCAAACGACGCGGAAGAGGAGGCGGCACUUUAUGCGGAAGGAUGAUGAGGUGAAGUUUCCGUUUAAGGAGGUGCAGGGUGGAGUUGGGGGAGGGCAGCAGGGAGGUGGGGGUGGGGCGUACCGGAAGACGGGGUCGUGA